AUGGAACCAUUAGCACGUCGCCGGUCUCUUGUAGCACAGGCCUGGGCUAGUUUCCAGGCGAGCAUCACUGGGUUCAUUCAUUCUUUGGCUUUGGGUCAUUGUGAGUUAUCGAUCAUAGUCACUGGUAUUGAGGCCGCAGGGCUUGCCCUCGCGUUGAUCCCUCUUCUGGUCAAUCAAAUUGAUGGUUACGCGCGAGGCAUCGAGAAGACGAAGCGCUGGAAAUACUUUCGCAGAGAACUUGAAACAUACUGCGUGGGGCUGAACAUCCAGCACACAAUUUUACAAAGCGUCUUGGAGCAAGUUCCCGAGGACGUCGUGGAGGAUGAAGAAGCAGUUGUUGCUCUUAUCCUAAAUCCCCGGGGAGCUGGGUGGAGAAGCCCUAAAUUGCUACAAGCGCUUCGAACAAAGUUUGGGCGGAACUAUGAGCCAUUCGUGGGAAAUAUCAAUGAACUAUGUGAGCUAUUAGAGAGGCUUUCAACAAGGCUAGGUUUGCCAACAACAGAUACUGGACUCCAGGUCAACCUAGUUGAGCAUGCCAGCAAUCCUUCCAAGCAGAAGCCACUAUCCAACUUCCGGGUCGUUUUCUCCAAUGCCAAGCCUAUUAGUAUAACAGGUGUUUGGGACUGGAGAGAGGUCAUGUUUGAACCGCAAGAGAUUGAAUGCCCACAAAUGUUGACCCAUUCGUCCAACGAACAGUCGGGCCCAGAGGCAAAGAAGCGCCGUGUUCGAUUCGAGGACAUACCCGAGAAAGCGACUCAGAUGACGCCUCAAGUGUUUACCACUUCGCAAAUACAAGACCUUUGCUCAUCCCUCCAAGGUUUCGAGUCACCUCUUCAGCCACGAACCCCGAUAGGAUUCAUUUUGGAAGACCGGAAUCCGGCCUUUCGAUAUGUCAUGCAUGCAGUACAAAGUAUUCAACACAAGACACUUAAACAUUCCUUGCGUGAAGCCUUGACCUCCAUGAGCCGCCGUGAUCGACUACACAUAGCGGCCAGCAUUGCCUGCGCGGUUCUACAGUAUCAUGGAAACUGGCUCAAGGACCAAUGGGACAGCUCCGAUUUCCAUUUGGUCGCCGAGCCAUUUGAUAGCUCUGUCUUGCAAUCUCUUGGGCUCAGUCUCGUGGAGCUCUCCCUCGGUCGGCCGAUGGAUGUCUUGCUGGCUCCAAAUUGGGCAACUCAAGACGACAAAGGCACGAUGAUUAACAACGCGUUGGGUCUUACGAAAGAGGUUUAUGAGGAGAGUGACUUGCACUACGCGAAUUUCGUGGAUAGCUGCCUUUCAUGA